UUCUAUAAAUUUGGAAGAAAAAAAGCUCCUCAUUUUUCCUUUGAUUGGUUUCGUUUCAGACUUUUUUUAGACUCUCUCUCUCUCUCUUCUUUCUCUCUAAAUCGAAAAGGAAAAAGGUUCAAGCUUUAUGGGGAAGAUCCAAUCUUUCAAGCAGGAGUUCUCAUUCGAUGAACGACUUGAAGAAUCAAAAAGUAUAAUUGCAAAGUACCCGGAUCGAGUUCCGGUGAUCAUUGAAAGAUAUUCCAGGACAGACCUGCCUGAAAUGGAAAAGAAAAAAUUCCUGGUUCCUAGAGAUAUGUCUGUCGGGCAGUUCAUCCAUAUCUUAAGCAGCAGGCUUCACUUGACCCCGGGGAAAGCUCUUUUUGUUUUUGUGAAGAACACUUUACCUCAAACAGCCAGUCGCUUGGAUUCCAUCUAUGAAACUUACAAGGAGGAUGACGGUUUCCUGUAUAUGUGUUACAGCAGCGAGAAAACCUUUGGCUAAUCUUGCCAUCUCCUCCCCUAAUUAUCUAAUCGCCUCGUCCAUAUCAGUGACUUGUAAGUAUUCAUUGUUAACUUGUUCUCAAUCAGAACGGACCUGUGAGGCUUGCUUCACUCUCCAUUAUCAUGUUCUUUGUAUAUUUGAUUCUUUGUGAAUUCUGUAAAGUUCGCAACUUUUAAUAAAUGCAACAUUUACCUAUUCA